CAUCUUUUUUUCUCCUCAAGUUUGUGUCUCUCACGGCAACAGUGCGGUCAGACGUCACUUCCCGUGCAGCCGCUGUCGCCGCUACGACUCGUGGUCCCCCGCGUGCUCCUCGUUUACCCCGUUACAGCCGAUACAGGGGGGCGGGCUGCAGUGGCCCGCCCCGUGACUGCGGACCGGGGGCCAUGGCGGAGCCGGUGGGUGUUCCGAGCAGGCAUGAGAAGAGCCUGGGGCUCCUCACUAGCAAAUUCGUGUCUCUGCUGCAGGAGGCGAAGGACGGCGUGCUGGACCUGAAGGUGGCUGCAGAUACGCUGGCUGUGAGACAAAAACGCAGAAUAUAUGACAUAACCAAUGUCUUGGAAGGGAUUGGUUUGAUCGAGAAGAAAUCAAAGAACAGCAUCCAGUGGAAGGGUGUUGGUGCCGGAUGCAACACGAAGGAAAUUCUGGACAGACUGAGGAACCUUAAAGCCGAAAUUGGGGACCUGGAUCUCAGAGAAAAGGAGCUGGACCAACAGAAAGUGUGGCUGCAGCAAAGCAUCAACAAUGUUAUGGAUGAUUCUGAAAAUAGACUAUUUUCUUUUGUAACGCAUGAGGACCUUUGUAGCACUUUUAAUGGCGACACGCUUCUGGCAGUACAGGCUCCAUCUGGUACACAGCUGGAAGUUCCAAUACCAGAAACGGGCCAAAAUGGACAAAAGAAAUACCAAAUUAGUUUAAAGAGCAAUUCGGGGCCCAUUAAUGUGCUUCUGAUCAAUAAGGAAUCUAGUUCAUCGAAACCGGUGGCUUUUCCCGUUCCUCCACCAGAUGACAUUGUACAGACCCAUACCCCGUCUGACCCACCCAGCAGCUCCAGUAAACAGUCUGCACAAGGCCAGCCUCAGCAGGCAGAAGACUUACAGAGUAAGAUCCCUGCAGACUUCAACACAAGUUGUAAUGCAUCGGAGAGCACAGCUAUCAGCAGUUUCUCUGAACUUCCAGAGUCCCUUUUAUAUCCUUCUCUUCAGUCCGAUGUAACACGGUCUACUGCCAGCUCCAGCGAUUUCCCGACUCUCCUUCCGCUGGAUGUCAAUAAUAUCCUCAAACCCAACUCAUUUGAGAUGAUGAAAAUGGAUGAUCCAGAAGGUCAAAUAAGUGGUGACAUAAUUGACGAAUUAAUGUCUUCUGAUGUGUUCCCAUUGUUGCGGCUAUCUCCGACACCUGGAGACGAAUACAAUUUCAACUUGGAUGACAGUGAAGGAGUGUGCGAUCUCUUUGAUGUGGAGAUACUAAAUUAUUAGAUUUAAUUCCUAUUCUGGAUUUUCUGUCUACCUCUAUCUGCCUUACAGACAGUAGCAUAAAUCGUUUUUAUUUUUUACUCUUUGGAUUUAUAUAAUGUUUUUUUAUGUACAGUGAAUAGAUUUUAUAAGUAGAGGAUAUUCAACUUUUUUUUUUAUAUUUUUUUUAUUAUUACUUAAGAGAUUUCUAGAUCAGAUGUUAUUUAACAAUGGUUAAUUGUAAAUCUGGUUUUCAUAGCGCACCUUUAUUUGCUGGUUGAUGGCAUGAAGCUAUUGCGGUACCCAUUUCUUGGGUCUGCGCACUGUGUAACGUGUUCCAGGCAUCUCCCUUCUGAUCCUGUGGGUUUUUUUUUUUUAUUGUGUUCAAAUUGAACACAGGAUAAACUGAGGGACCGAUACGUUUAGUUAUUUAAUAAGUAAUAGACCGUUGAGCUGCCUCUCAGAUCCACGUACAUUGCUGGUUUCGGAUGUUGAGGUGCUAGCAUUUUGACGCCACUUUGGCUGUUGCUGAGAAUUGAUUUCUCCCUUAUUACAGUAGUUCUAGGAUGAUCUCCUAGCAUGGUACAGGCACUUAUCACAGGAUCUGUUUUGUACAGAACUGCAUUGCUUUUAGGUGAUUUACCUUUUGUAGAACAAUUCUGUUGGUCACUUUAUCACACAAUUGUCAAUUAUAUCCCAUGACUUGUCAAUAUGAGACCACUCAGAACAGUGAGCCAGGGAUCGUUGUGAUCAUAAGGUGACAGACUACUGUUACACAAGCAGUUUGUAAGGCUGAACGUUCCGGUACCUGUGCACUGAGGCUAGUCAUUACUCGGUCCAUGUCCAGUAGAUUUGGUAAAUCUGUCAUUGCUUCAAAUAAUAGGAUCCUUAUAGCUAAAGAUGCGUUUUAUACAUGUUAAAUGCUGAUGCCCCUAGACACUGAUUUUACACUUUAAAAUGACUGAACUAUUGUCAUUAACUAUAAAUCAUAAAAUCAGGUGCCUCAAACAACUAACACCUUUUGUUGAAAUUAAAUGUAAAGCACCUGCAGGCGUUGGGAGUAAGGGGUAUGCCAAUACCCUCAAAUAGAAAGAACAAUACUUCCUAAUUGUGGGGCUGAUCCUGUUUGGAGCAAAGCAAAAACAUGUAACUUUGCAGCUGGAAAAACAAUGGUGUAAAUAUGUAGGGGGGGGGGGGGGUGUGCUUUGGUUUGCAUGCAGCGUAAAUGGCUGCUUUUGCAUGUAGCCCACAAAUACUGAACAGCUUUAUUUUUACACUGUAGUUUAGAUGUGUUUGGGCACAGCUCUUUCAAAGCUAAGGUGGAAUUCAAUUCACUGUGGGCUAAUUGAUCCUACAGGGCUGUUCAGUUGUCCCUGAAGUCAACCUGCAAGUUCCACUUAACUGAGAUUUUUUACCCUGCGUUAAAUAGCCUGUUUGUGCGAGCUGCAGCAGUGCUAACACUGAAGAUGAGCGGGUUCAAUUUUACUCGGAUCUCAAAACUGCAUCUUCUUGUCUCACCGAUGUCACGUGUUUUGGAUGACCAAAUAAGAAAAAUCCGAUUCUAAGAACUGAGUAAAGCCACAACCCCUCAUCUCUAGCUUAAUCAUACUGUAGGUUUGGGAACUUAUCCCAGAUUGUGUUAGCACCUGAAAAAGCUAAUUUAAUGAGUGAAAAAUAAAACGAAUUGAAUAGCCUGAAGCAAAAAGUUAAGGUUUUUUUUUUUUUUCCACGCCUGUAAAAUUAUUGUUGGGGCUAAUUAUAUUUCCCCCUCCAUCCCUGCACAUUUUAUGUCUCACCUAGCUGCAGGGCAGAAUGGUUUUGACAAGAUACUUGCAACCAGCACAUAAUCUGCUCCUGUAUAUUCUAUCAUAGGUGGCCUGACAUCCAGUGGCCACAGUCUGUAUUGCAACUUCAGCUGGACCCACCGGUUCCCUAGUUAUUUAGUUGCCACCAGAAGGGUGCUGCAGCUCCAAACAAAUGCACUACAUAUUUAUAUGGCACCACAAGGGUUCUGCAGUCCCAAACAAAUGCAUCACAUAUGUGCUAUAAUUCUGUCAUGUAGACAAACUCCCUUAAUCAUUGAGUAAAGUCUCAUUUAAGUUGGCAUUUACAUACUAAAGCAGGCAUUCCCAACCACAGUCCUCAAGGCACACUAACAGUGCAGGUUUUAGUGAUAUCCAGGCUUCAGCACAGGUGACUUAAUUAGUACCUCAGUUAUUUUGAUUUAACCAUCUGUGCUGCAGCCUGGAUACCACUGAAACCUGCACUGUUGGUGUGCCUUGAGGACUAAUGACUGGGAAUGCCUGCACUAAAGUUUAGGUGUUGAGAACAAAUUAUUAAAGCAUAGAAUUCUGUCAAAGUUGUCUGAAAUGUAACAGAGUUUUUAUCAAAGUACCACGUACAACACUUCCCUAAACUACAUAAUCUUUGUGACCUAAGCACAUGAACCAUAAAGAUAGCACCUCUGUGUGAAUGCAGUCAUUGCAUAUGGGCAAGAGAUUAAUGGUGGUUUCACCCAUGCCUUUAGUUAUGUACACUUGCAGUAAAAACAACAUAACCUAAUAAGCUUAACAUCAUUGCUAGUUUUUUUUAAACCUAACAGCCUGAGAGGCCAUUUUCGGUCGACUGGCAUGGUCUCCUCCUCCUGUAUCUGUUCAAUAGGUUUUUGUUUUGGCAGCAGUUGCAAUAUCGACACUAUUUGAUCUAUCAGGGUGCAAGUUGCAUUUUCAGCAGGGCCUGCCUCUCGUGGCAAAAUCUCUCACCUGGAAUUUGUGCAGUUCUGUAUGCAGACCUACAGGGCUGCAAACAAUUGUGCAUGUCUGAGCUGUGAAAAGUGUGGUUAUCGUUGCACUAACUUGCAAGUGUGAGAACUUUGCCUGCAAAUGGAUUGACCCCUAUACUGCUGACAAAAACAGAAUACCUGCACUGAUAAAAUGGCCAACAUGUACAUAAUGGUAACACCCAAUUUCACAAGUGUUACUGAUGACAGUCUGUUAACAUUUGUUGACUUUGAUUGUCAACAUUGGAAUUGAUGAGACGCUGACUACAUUCCUAGUGGAAUACUAGCAGUGUAUAUCAGUAGUGGGCUGCCCACGGACACAGACUCUUUGUAACCGUAAAUAACCAAUGCCUUUAUAGAGCUGGGAUGGUGUUCUGAGCGAGCCAGGGUACUACCAGGCUAUCUGCUACAGGAGGGGCUGUAAGAGGAUAAGGAUCUCUCUGCCUGGUUCAGCUGAAUGCAUUUGUUUGUGCACACUUUCUAGUUUACCUUACACAAGCGCAAUUUUCAAAACGUGACAAAUAUUAGACGGCAACAAAAGCAUUAUUGGCACACAUUUUAUUUUACAAACUGGUCUGUUUAGUCUGCCAAGAAUUUUUUUCGCUCUUUUUUUUAAAGUUUUUUCGUUCCUUUGUUGUAAGUCACUGCCAGGUUACAUUCCUUGUUGGGCAAUAUUAAAGUGCCUUGUAGUAACUGGGUUAACAUGCUGUGUAUAUUGUGUGGCUGUAUCUAAUUUUCAGCAUGUUCACUUUUCUCUGCUCCCUUUUUGUAUUGUGCUGAUUGUGUAUUGUUUUUUUAAUAAAUGUGUACAGACAUUAA